UGUGCCGGUCAAAUAAAAGUCCGUGGGUCUGUCUGACGUGCUCAAGUGUCCAUUGUGGAAGAUAUGUGAAUGGCCAUGCAAAAAAGCAUUAUGAAGAUGCACAGAUUCCUAUGACCAAUCAUAAGAAAACAGAAAAACAAGAGAAAGUUCAGCAUACUGUGUGCAUGGAUUGCAGUAGUUACAGUACAUACUGUUAUCGCUGUGAUGAUUUUGUAGUCAAUGAUACCAAGCUGGGCCUGGUACAGAAGGUCAGAGAGCACCUACAGAACUUGGAAAAUUCAGCCUUUACAUCAGACAGACAUAGGAAAAGAAAACUAUUGGAAAACUCAUCUCUGAACAGCAAGUUAUUAAAAGUAAAUGGAAGCACCACUGCCCUUUGUGCCACAGGCCUUCGGAACCUGGGGAAUACGUGUUUCAUGAAUGCAAUCCUUCAGUCGCUCAGUAACAUUCAACAGUUUUGCUGUUACUUCAAAGAGUUGCCUGCUGUGGAGCUGAGGAAUGGGAAGACGGCAGGCAGGCGAACUUACCAUACCAGGAGCCAGGGGGAUAACAAUGUUUCAUUGGUGGAAGAAUUCAGAAAGACACUCUGUGCUUUAUGGCAAGGAAGCCAAACUGCAUUUAGUCCAGAGUCUUUAUUUUACGUUGUUUGGAAAAUCAUGCCAAAUUUUAGGGGAUACCAGCAACAGGAUGCCCAUGAGUUCAUGCGUUACCUUUUGGACCAUCUACACCUGGAACUCCAGGGUGGCUUCAAUGGUGUUUCACGUUCAGUAAUUUUGCAAGAAAAUUCUAGUCUGUCUGCAAGCAACAAAUGUUGCAUAAAUGGAGCGUCUACUGUUGUCACAGCGAUUUUUGGAGGCAUUCUUCAAAAUGAAGUCAACUGCCUAAUAUGUGGGACUGAAUCUAGAAAGUUUGACCCAUUCCUAGACCUUUCGCUAGAUAUUCCAAGUCAGUUCAGAAAUAAACGUACUAAAAAUCAAGAAAAUGGACCAAUGUGCACACUACGAGAUUGUCUUCGCAGUUUUACAGACCUGGAAGAACUUGAUGAGACAGAGCUGUAUAUGUGUCACAAAUGCAAAAAGAAACAGAAGUCCACCAAAAAAUUCUGGAUUCAGAAACUACCAAAGGUGCUAUGCUUACACUUGAAACGAUUUCACUGGACAGCAUAUCUGAGAAACAAGGUUGAUACAUAUGUUGAAUUUCCCUUACGAGGCCUAGACAUGAAAUGCUACUUGUUAGAGCCUGAAAACAGUGGCCCAGAAAGCUGCCUGUAUGACCUUGCGGCUGUUGUUGUGCAUCAUGGUUCAGGCGUUGGCUCUGGACAUUACACUGCAUACGCAGCUCAUGAAGGCCGUUGGUUCCAUUUCAACGACAGUACUGUAACUUUGACCGACGAGGAGACUGUGGUAAAGGCCAAGGCCUACAUCCUCUUCUACGUGGAACGGCAAGCCAAAUCUGGAUCAGAUAAACUUUAAUACCUCCUUUUAAUUCUCACUUAUCAAGUUCACCAGACAAAACAUUUCCAUUUUUCCAUAAAUACUUGAUCCAAGACUAUUAAUUUCAUUGUGCACUUUUCAAUUUCCUCUUGUGGGUUUUAGUUUUGUUGUGUCAAUGGUAGCAUUUGACUUACUGAACUUGGACACAAACUAACUUUUUUUUUUAGUUAUACCAGAAAACCUCAGCAGAUUUUGAUUUGCUGCUUUAGUUGUGAUAACUCAAUUUUUAUAUAUAUAGUUUCAUGAAAUACUUAGUUAUUUGACUUUUUUAUAUUAAUGUUUUCAGUUCUCACUUUCUAAAGGCACAUUUACAUCAGAGAAGCUUUCUGUCCUCCUUACGAGCAAGAUAAAUGUGCUUCUGAUUAUGAAGAGCAAUACAACUUCAGGCUGUUCUCACAGCUGUUACGUAGAUAUGAUUUAAUCUCUUUAAAUCAAGGAAUUGUUUGCACGUACUAUUUUCCCUCGUGCAAGAAACUAAACAGCGACCUCUGAACAAUCAUUCUUUGUCUGCAGAAGAGAGGAGAUGUGGCAUCAUUAAAUAGACAGGUAAUUGCUGCUAUAUUGGUGUGUAUUCAGGCUGCUGACUUUCAGGAAUCAUUGUAAAUAAACAGUUGGUUCAAUU